AUGCAACAACGCCAACUUCAUUCGGAGAAUCAUAAAAAGGAACAGUCUGUUCCUUGUUGUUUUUGUAACCUCGUUGCGUCCGUAGCAUACUCGGACAGAGGAGUAAUUUACGAAUGCCACUAUCGACACGUAAACCCGUGGCAGCAAGCCUUGAAUCCACCAUUCGAAAACGACUGUUUAAGUCGUCGGCAAACGGAUAUCAGAAUAUGCGCGUUCCAUGUCCACGCUAAACCAUGGUUCGAGAUGCUAUCAAAAGCUGAUCGACCAAACCAACAUAAAGAACUAUCCAAAUGCGCCUAUUUCAACUUAACCUUUUGCGUCUUGUUUAAUAUCAAUAAUACUUUUGCGAAGCGUUAUUUAUUUGCGCCCAAAUGCAACUGUGGAAACCCAGUAGUGUUGGACACCUCGAAAAGUACCGGGAAAUUGAUUUUUUUAUGUAGGAAUUAUUGUGAUAUUUCUGCUUGGCCUAGAUGUUCGUGGAGUCAUUUGGCAGAGAAUGUUAGAUUCGACAACACCAAUUUCAAUAUCCAUCCUCUAAUUACAACCAAUACAACUAAACUAUUGGAAAAUGUAUCGGGAAAUAAUUUUGUAAAUAAUAGAAAUCACAACUCAUCCUCAUCCGAUCAAAAUGAAUUUGUAUCAACAUCUGUCACGAAUUACUCUCCACAAAAUCAACGAUUACCCAAUCACAAUUCACCAAAGUCCAAUUCAAUUAUAGUCGAUCAAACGAAACAAUCAACCAACACGUCGACCACGAAUAAUCAUCUUGCUGAUUCAUCCAGCAUGAACAAUACUUUUAUAAUUGAUCAAGAGCAAAAUACUUUGUCUAAACUCGCAAGAGGAAAAUCUCAUACGUAUGAGCGGAAUGCACACUAUCCACCAGAAUCACCAACCAUCCAAAACUUUUACUCAGAUCAGAUAAGUUCACCAAGUUCAAGACUAAAUAAUAAUAAUGAAGCGUCGUGCUUAAAUGACACGCGUCAAUCUCAAUAUGAAGGAAAUUUUGAAGAAAAAUUCGAAGAAUUAUCCCAAUACUUGAAUUACGAGGAAAAAAUCAGACAAGAGGAUGAACAUCGUAAACUACGAAAACGAUACAAUAAAAUACGAAUCGAAAAUCAGGAACUGUAUUCGAAACAAAGCACACUAAGUAGCGAACUGGAGGACGUUCGUCAUAGUAAACAUUUACACAAAGUAAAAAACUUUGAAUUGUCCGAGAAAGUUAAAGCGUUGCAAAAUGCCGUCGAAGAAAAAAAGUUCUUCGAAUUCUUAAGAAGAGAAGCAUACAAACAUGGUCUAAAUAAUUGCGCAAAGCUCUAUGGCAUCAAGGCUGAUAUCAGAAAGGCUUACAGGAGAAUAGUCGGAUCGUUCAAUCGUCAUCCCUCAUCCAUUGGAGACAAAACAAUAAAAGAGAACUUUCAAGGCUCUCAACAAAGCGUAAACGACAGAUCAUAUUGUUAUGAACUAAUAUUUGAAGAAACUUUAUUCAGACCAGGACAUCCACAUUCGUACAAUCGAGAACAUAUAAUCGAAGAUCAAACGAAAUUGGGCAAGUCGGUUAAAGCUUCUUUCGAAUCAUUUUUUGCAUUUAAUAGUAAUGACCGUUUGAAAUAUAUGAAUACCUAUGUUCCGGUAAAUGCAGAGCAUCAAUAUUCUUUUACAGGUUAA